AGGAAUUGAAUUAAUACCUAGCGGGGCUUGCGUCUUUGAACACUUAAUGGACGGCGGAGCUGCGAUCCUCUUAUCCUUGAGGGGGAAGAUAGAGGAGGAAGUAAGGCUGGCUGACGGUGCAGUGAGCUACUAACGAGAUGAUGGAAAUAUCAAAUAUGCUGAACUUAAGUAAUGCCAAAGGAUGCUGAUCUGGCUUCCAAAGCUGCCUUUUUGCAAGGAACAGAAUUCCCUUGUGCUCUGAUUUCAAAAAUAUUUGCUUGCUUUUGUCUUUCUUCCCCACCAGAUUCCAGAGGAAGUACCUCAUCUCGUAUUGCUAAAGGACUAGACUGUACAAAAAUGAGCCUUCAUGGUGCUAGUGGUGGACACGAGAGAUCAAGGGACAGACGCAGAUCAAGUGACAGAUCUCGUGACUCGUCCCACGAAAGAGCAGAAUCUCAGCUCACUCCGUGCAUCAGGAACGUUACUUCGCCAACAAGACAGUAUCACUCUGAUCGAGAGAAGGAUCACAGUUCAUCUCGCCCAAGCAGCCCUCGUCCUCAGAAGACUUCCCCGAAUGGUUCCACUGUGAGCAUGGGGAACAGCAGCAGAAACAGCAGCCAGUCGAGCUCAGAUGGGAGCUGCAAGGCUGGUGGGGAAAUGGUAUUUGUGUAUGAAAAUGGCAAAGAGGGAGCUCGGAACAUAAGAACAUCCGAACGAGUAACGCUCAUAGUGGACAACACUCGGUUUGUUGUAGAUCCUUCUAUCUUCACAGCACAGCCUAACACAAUGUUGGGCAGGAUGUUUGGAUCAGGCAGAGAACACAACUUUACACGUCCUAAUGAAAAAGGAGAGUAUGAAGUUGCUGAAGGAAUUGGGUCCACUGUGUUUCGUGCCAUUCUGGAUUACUACAAGACUGGAGUGAUACGCUGCCCUGAUGGGAUAUCUAUUCCCGAGCUGAGAGAAGCGUGUGACUAUCUCUGUAUCUCCUUUGAAUACAGUACUAUUAAAUGCAGAGACCUCAGUGCUCUCAUGCAUGAAUUGUCAAAUGAUGGUGCUCGCAAACAGUUUGAGUUCUACCUGGAAGAAAUGAUUCUCCCAUUAAUGGUAGCCAGUGCUCAGAGUGGUGAACGGGAGUGCCAUAUUGUUGUGCUGACAGAUGACGACGUGGUGGACUGGGAUGAGGAAUAUCCCCCGCAAAUGGGAGAGGAGUAUUCCCAAAUUAUUUACAGCACAAAGUUGUAUAGAUUCUUCAAAUACAUUGAGAAUAGAGAUGUGGCCAAAUCGGUUCUGAAGGAAAGGGGGCUCAAGAAGAUCCGAUUGGGCAUUGAAGGUUACCCUACGUACAAAGAGAAAGUGAAGAAGCGCCCAGGUGGAAGGCCAGAGGUGAUUUACAACUAUGUCCAAAGACCAUUUAUUCGGAUGUCUUGGGAGAAGGAGGAAGGAAAGAGUCGGCAUGUUGACUUUCAGUGUGUGAAAAGCAAAUCUAUUACAAAUCUGGCAGCAGCAGCAGCAGAUAUACCCCAGGACCAGCUUGUGGUAAUGCAUCCUACCCCCCAAGUAGAUGAGUUGGAUAUUCUGCCUAUUCAUCCUCCACCUAGUAACAGUGAGAUGGAUACUGAGGGACAGAACCCAGCACUCUGAUGUAGCCUUGUAUUAAAACUAAAGCAUGCUACUUAAAAUGACUCUGUACUCGACUCAUACUACACUGCAAGUCCAGUCUUCUCCAUUGUGUAACAGUGUUUAGGAUAUUGCAGUAUGGACCUUUUAAAGACCAAAGGGAGUAUCUGAUUGUUUUCUAAGAGUACAGAGAGGAGCAUCCUGCGGUUACAGUUACAUACAUGUAUUUGUUUACCAGUAGGUUUGUGACAUUGGGUAUUUGUAUGCUGGACUGUCCUCACUCUAAGCCCAUCAGAAGCGCGGGGGGGGGUUGGUGGCUAGUGUGCAUUCGAUGUCGUUACACGUGGGCUACAAAGCAGAAUUGGAACUGAUAGUAGCACUUUAUAAAUGGUUGAUAAAUGGAAGUUCAAGCCAUUUUUUAUAAUGUAUUGCACAAUACUAACAAAGUGCUUCUAUCAAAAGUGUUAACUGUAAAUAGUUUUGCUCUGACUAGAUCAACCCUUUUAAAGUUACUGUAUAUGGUUGAGCACAAAAAUACUAUUCCUGGGUUUUUGGAUUGAGGACAUGAUUCAAUGACCCAUUUAACAUCUUGUUAAACUCCAAGUUCUUCGGUGAAUUUUUUCACUUGUUUGCAGAGUGAGCCAUGUUCAAAAGUUGUG